UCUGCCGAUCCUGCAAGGUAUUCAACCCUUGGCAGCAAUGACUGACCUCCGGACCACACCUUCUCCUGGAGAACUGACCACCCCACUUCUGCAGGCCACUGAGGCCUUGUCCCCAGAAGCUGAAGAAGCCAGCACAGCACUUAUUGCAGUUGUUAUCACCGUGGUCUUCCUCACCCUGCUCUCGGUCGUGAUCUUGAUCUUCCUUUACCUGUACAAGAACAAAGGCAGGUACGUCACCUACAAACCUGCAGAAGGUGAGCCCAGCACCAUCCUCCAGAUGGAGAGUGACUCAGCCAAGGGCAGAGAGAAGGAGGAGUAUUUCAUCUAA